GAGACGAACCAAUGGCGUUGCGAGUCGUGGUGCUACGGCUCAGGAAUGCGGCGUCGUCAACAACAGUCAGCUUUCCGCGUCGCAUCAGCUGGAACUGUUGGCGGCUGACAGAGGUCGUUCCCGGGCUGCUUCGUCUCCAGCGGUGUGUGUGACGCGCCGUCAACGGAGCUGUCAAACGGUCCUCUCCACAGCCGCAGAGGUGCCAAGAAGAAGAAGAAGAAGAAGAAGAAGAGAAGAAGAAGAAGAAGAAGAAGAAGAAGAAUGGCCUCAGCUCAGUCCGUGCUGCUGCUGGCAGUGCACGUCCUGCUCAUCUCCGAGUUCCUCCUGGCCACGAGGGACUACUACGCCAUCCUGGGGCUGCCCCGAGACGCCACCGAGCGCCAGGUGAAGAAGGCCUUCCACAAGCUCGCCCUCAAGUACCACCCGGACCGCAACAAGGGCCCCGGCGCCGAGGCCAAGUUCAGAGACAUAGCGGAGGCAUAUGAGACGUUAUCCGACGAUAAGAGGAGGCGAGAGUAUGACCAGUUUGGCCAUGGCCCAUCCCCAGGGGAGGGACACAGGGGAGGGGGAGGAGGAGGAGGCAACUUCAAACAGCAGCACCAGUCCUUCAACUUCAACUUCGAUGACAUUUUCAAAGACCAUGACUCUUUUGGUCAGCAGCAGCAGGAACAACAGCACCAACACCACUUUCACUCCCACGCCCAAAAUCAAGCCCAUCAGAAGAGACACUUCGACAGCCACUUCCAGGCACACCGCGAGGCCAUGAACAGGCAGAGGAGACAGUUUCAGCAAGGGGGCUUUGGUGGCGGACUCUUCGACGACAUGUUUGAGGACUUGGAGAAGAUGUUCUCCUUUAGCACGCACAGCUCCAGGACGGACAGCCGAUUCCAGAGCACGGGGAAGCAGCAUUGCAGGACAGUGACCCAGCGCAGGGGGAACAUGGUGACCACCUUCACCGACUGCUCCUGAGACGAGGAGCAGGGAACGGCCCUCGAUGAGAGGGCCGCCACUCGGGACACUCGCUUGGGGAAUUGAUUGCUAAUUUAUCCCCUCGGUGGAACAGAGAAUGGUUUUGUGUGGCUUUUGUGAUGUUCUGUAUGUAACUUCCUCUAGGAACAAAUAUCCAAGCCGGUCUGAUAAAACGGCUGCUUCCAAGCAAUAACUCACAACUCACUUAUUCCUCCUAGCACAGUGGUACGUUAUAGGUUCAUUUAGAUAACUCCUCAUUAUUCCCCUUUCCAGUUUUAUUAUUUUUACUGAUACAAUUUACUAGACUCAGGUAUGGCCUAAAUAAAGAUACUUUAAAUUAUCUUUUGUUAGCAGAGAGGCAAUAAGAUGUAUUAAACAUCAGUAAUAACCUUGCGAAACAUUCAUCCUGCAGCUUACAAGGCCAUACUAUUACUGUGCUCUCUACAACAUGAACCCUUUUUGCGGAUAUAAAACCAGGUUAUGCUGAACUUGUGUACUGCUAGAUUUGUAAAUUUUUUUAUUUCUUGGUUUUUAUUCAUUAGCUCAAAGAUUCAACACAUUUAUAGCACUUGCAUCAAACUGUGUCGUGAAAAUGGGAGUGUUCACAUCCCGCGAUGUGUCCAAGUUAGCCAUUAUCAACUGUUACCUCGUUUUGAGCUUCUUUCUACAGAGCUGCAUCUACCUUCCUUCAGUCAGGGUCGGAACGUAAUCUCAGUCCCACGACAAAUACUGGUGAACGUAGCCACCGGCACUGUUUGUGUGCUCAGCUGUUUAACCAGUUGCUUUGAUGGUGACAGUGUCCUGGGGGUCGUCUGCCAGUGAAGCUGAAUGGUCUGAAAAGUUAAGUUCCCUGAACUGAUCAUAAUGUGCAAUAUUCAGUACCUUUGCUCUUCACGUUGCCUAUCGUUCAAAGACAGUGCUAUGUUAAUGUCAUUGUCUGAUGUCUGCACUUUGUGUGUGUGUGUGUGCGCGUGUGUGUGCUUGUGUGCGUGCGUGCAUUGAGAGAGCUCUGAUAGUUGAUUUGUUGCAAUAUGUUUGAAGAAUGAAUAAAAAGUUACAAGAACAAA